UGAACAAAGCAGAAGCUAUGUCUCUCCGUAUCUGUAUCGCAAACGCACUGACAUCCCGCAAAUCCAAAGCGCUCAUGUAAGUGCCUCAGGGUCUCUCUGUGUGUGUAAACUACACUUCCCACAAUGCACCGCUUCUUCCUCAUCUCGUCCCGUGAUCUCGCGAGAUUUCCCGGGAAGCCUCUCAGAGGAAGAGAGUGGACAGAGAGCUGGAAGGGAGGCCCGGGAUAAGCCUCUCGCGUUCGGCUCAGCGAGAGAUCGAGGCCCAGGAGACCCAGGAGCGCCGCCAUGGCCGAGACAGACCCCAAGACCGUGCAAGACCUCACGGCGGUGGUGCAGACACUCCUGCAGCAAAUGCAAGACAAGUUUCAAACCAUGUCGGACCAGAUCAUUGGCCGGAUCGACGACAUGAGCUGCCGCAUCGAUGACCUGGAGAAAAACAUUGCCGAUCUCAUGACCCAGGCGGGAGUAGAGGAACUGGAAGGCGAGAACAAGGCGGCGUCAACCAAGACCAACCAAGUGAGGGUUUGCAAUGAUGCAAUGGCUGCGGGUCAAAAUGGGGAGGACUGUGAGUUGGGACUGAAGGCUAAGCACAGGGGCUGAAGGUGUUGGCUUGCAGAAGCAGGAUUCAUCGCCAGUGCCAUGCCUGUCCAUACAUUCCUGUUUGUAAGCUGGAACAGAGUGGGAGUGCAACAUACACACUCAAAACUUGUCCCCAGUUUCAAAGUACCAUAUAUACUUGACGAUAUAAGUUGGCCGCAUGAGAGUAAGUUUUGGGGCC